AUGACGGUAUCGGGAGUCCUCGGUUUAUUCGUUGCGGUUCUCUUCGGCAGCGCGUCUGCAUGGCCGUUCAGCGGGGCGUCCGCCACGAUGCCUGGGAAGAUCAGGCUGCGGGUGGAUCCUCUCGGGAUACACUCAUUCGCGCUGUACGGCGUUCCUGACCCCAGCAGGAUGGAGCACGACAUAUUCUGGGCCAUCACGAACCCAGGCGAGAUGGCGCCAGUCGAGGUGGACGCCAACAGCUCGUUCGUUUUGCGAUCUACGGACAUGAAGUUCCGCACCAUCAUAUUCGUGGACAUGAACCACGACCUGCGUACCAAGGCUUCGUAUCCAUGGAAAAUAUGUUUCUCCAACCCCAUGGUUGAUUACGGUGCGAAAAUUGAGCUCAAGCACAGCACUUCGGGGUUCACUUGGAUCGAGGAGGGCCAGCAGUUGUGCCAGGCGACCGACCACAGCCACGACUUCGAGUUGCACGACCGGGAAAAGGCGCCAAUAUUCACCAUCAAGGUCAGGGAUCCGAGGGGGGAGCUGUGA